AUGGCAUCUUUGGGGGAAGAAGUCCUCUCCAAUAUGCUGGCCAACAACCCAUCCAACCGAGCGGGUGCAACGGCACCAACACCAAUGGAAGCUAGAGAUACCGACAACGUUAGGUUGGACACCUUAUCAUGGGACGAGGACUUCAUCCCUCCCCCUUCUCUGGAGAUCAUGAAAGAAUGGAGAGCAGAAGAGUCUCCAUCUGAAGAGAACUCCGCCCAGGAAGAGGUGAGGGCAUUUGGAGAAGAAAUCAUUCCCAUCAGCUCGAAAGUGAAGACAGUGAAUGAUGCGGCCAGUCAGCUUUCUGCGCUUGAUAUCCAGCCAUCUGCAAAGACUUCUCGGCAGUUAGAUGACCUCACCAUCAGAUGGAAGCUCCUACAGGCAGCUGUUGAAGAAAGACUAAAACAACUCCAGGAAGCACACCGUGAUUUUGGACCGGCCUCUCAACAUUUUCUCUCUACUUCAGUACAGCUUCCAUGGCAACGAUCUGUGUCACUAAACAAAGUGCCCUAUUACAUCAAUCAUCAAACGCAAACAACUUGUUGGGAUCAUCCGCAAAUGACAGACCUUUUCCAGUCAUUAGGUGACUUAAAUAAUGUAAGAUUCUCUGCCUACCGCACUGCUAUGAAAAUAAGAAGACUACAGAAAACACUGUGCUUGGAUCUUCUCGAGUUAAGUACCACGCACAAUGUUUUCAAACAGCAUGACCUGAAUCAGAACACUCAGCUACUGUCAGUUCCAGAAGUUAUAAGCAUCCUAACCACUAUCUACGAUGGGCUGGAACAGAAACACAAGGAACUGGUGAAUGUACCUCUCUGCGUAGACAUGUGUCUCAAUUGGCUGCUUAAUGUUUAUGACACGGGACGGACUGGUAAAAUCCGCGUUUUAUCACUAAAGAUUGGUCUCAUGUCUCUAUCCAAGGGUUUGCUAGAGGAAAAAUACAGAUAUCUUUUCAAGGAAAUUUCAGGGGCUGCUGAUACAUGCGACCAAAGGCAGCUGGGGUUAUUGCUUCAUGAUGCUAUUCAAAUUCCACGACAGCUUGGAGAAGUGGCCGCUUUUGGUGGCAGUAACAUUGAACCCAGUGUUCGCAGCUGUUUCCAACAUGCUCAGAACAAACCAGAGAUCAACGUAAUGCAAUUCAUUGAGUGGAUGCGUUUGGAACCUCAAUCUAUGGUUUGGUUGCCUGUGUUGCACAGAGUAGCAGCUGCCGAAACCGCUAAGCAUCAAGCCAAAUGUAAUAUUUGCAAAGAGUGCCCGAUUGUAGGAUUCAGGUACCGAAGUCUUAAACAUUUUAACUAUGAUGUGUGUCAGAGCUGUUUCUUUUCUGGAAGGACGGCAAAGGGUCACAAAUUGCACCACCCCAUGGUGGAGUAUUGCAUACCAACAACAUCAGGAGAAGAUGUGCGUGACUUCACCAAGGUUCUAAAAAAUAAAUUUCGCUCCAAGAAAUACUAUGACAAGCAUCCAAGACUGGGUUACUUAUCAGUGCAGACUGUGCUUGAAGGCGAUAACAUGGAAACUCCUAUCACGCUCAUCAGUAUGUGGCCUGACCAAUUUGACCCUAUGCAGUCACCUGAACUCUUUGACGAUGAUACACAUUCCAGGAUAGAGCAGUAUGCCAGCAGGCUGGCACAAAUGGAAAGAGCCAAUGGAUCUUUGUUCACAGACAGCAGCUCUGCUACCGGAAGCAUAGACGAUGAGCAUGCCUUGAUUCAGCAGUACUGUCAUACUUUGGGAGGAGAUUCACCCCUAGGCCAACCCCAGAGUCCUGUGCAGAUCCUCAAAUCAGUAGAGAAAGAAGAACGGGGAGAGUUAGAACGCAUUAUUGCCAACCUAGAGGAGGAGCAACGGAACCUUCAAAUUGAAUAUGAGCAACUAAAAGCACAACAUUUGAAAAGAGGUCUCACCCCUCCAUCUUCUCCCCCUGACUCAGUAGUGUCCAUACAACACACUUCUGAGGACUCCGAACUCAUAGCUGAGGCAAAACUGCUCAGGCAGCAUAAGGGUCGUCUGGAAGCCAGAAUGCAAAUUUUAGAAGACCAUAACAAACAACUGGAGUCCCAACUUCAUCGGCUACGUCAGUUACUAGAGCAGCCUGAAUCAGACUCGAGGGUUAAUGGAGUUUCUGUGACCGUCUCACCGCAGCCACCAGCACCAAGAUAUUCAGCUGAUCAUGAUUACUGCUCACAGUUUCAGCAGACAACUGGUGUAUUGUCCCCACCUUAUAGUACCAGCACAGACCUAGCAGAUAUGAUGGAACAAAUAAACAGCACAUUUCCACAAAGCAGCUCAAGUCUUUCUGGAAGACAACAGGCAAUGUGAAUUAACCAUCUGCCAUUGGCACCAUGUCAGUUUCUAACACAGCCAAUCAAUAAUUCUUUUGUUGAGAAAUUACACAGGACUUCAGAAAUAUCCUGCUACACCAACCGUGUGUGUACUACUGAACAAGUACCACACUGAAUACCCAAAGAUGAAGAUGUUUUGUUUUUACAUAUUGUCUGUUCUCUAUUUUUCUUCCCUUUCUAUGCAAAUGUAAAUUUAAAAAAAAAAAUCUGUGGAGUAUUUGGAUAUAGGUAUACAUAUGUUAUUUGUACAAAUAAAUAUAAACAUUAUAAAAACAUGGGGAGGGUGGAUUUAGAAUGUGUAUUUUCACGUAUGUGUGUAUGUACGUAGAUAUAUACACACACUCACAUAUAUCCACAAAAGGUGCAUCUUAAUGACAUGUUAGUGUUAUGAUAAUAUUAUUAGCUUCUGGACAUCAGGACACCAAUACCAGAAUGACAUCAAGACUUGUGAUCACACUGUUAA